AGGAUCCAAGCAGGAUGGCCAUUAAUUUUUCCAUUGAAGCAUAGCAGUUGCUCUUUGUUUUCCUCAAUAUGGACAAAUUCAGCAUUGGAGGAGGAGAAGGCUUGUUCUUCAAUAACCGAUACUUUGGCUUUGAAUUUUCCUUUACAUUUUUUUGCCAUAUGUCCUUCUUUUCCACAGUU